UCCGAAGAUUUUUAAGACGCACCCCUCUGAACUUGCACUUAUAGUUUAGAACACGAUAUUAUUACUUUCGAGAAUCAAUUAUAUUACAAUACAUUUGGUGGUUAGGAUAAAGCAUUCAAUUGAUACAUAAACACAUAUGUAGCUUUCCACACUAUAGUAGUGGUGUUAAUAGGCAGUACGUUUCCAUCUGUGCCCUCUAUGGUAAAACAUUAGCUCAUGUUUUUUGUUGCCUGGAGACUUCAAACAGAGAAGUGAUCUGAGCUGAAGACAUCUUUAUCAUACUAACUUUAUCCUACAAUGGAAGGCAUUGGUGUAGACGUACAAGAAAGAAGAUGGGAUGAGCAGGAUGUGGUUCAUGAGAGAGACCGGCUGAAGAUGAGAGUGGCUGUGCUGGAGGAGAGCGUGAGGUCGUAUGAGGUUGAGUGUAAAGCCAGCAGAGAGACGGUGAUGAGACUGGUGUCAGAGCUGGGUUGUGAACGCAAGACUGCAGCCAGCACUGCAGAGUUGCUGGAGUCCCUCAGACUGGAGUUGAAGAGUGCCCUGGUGUCAAAGAGGAGUGCGGAUAUCCAGAAGCAGAGUCUGCUGGAGAGGCUGGAGGUUGGCAGCCGAGUCAUAGAGGCAGCUAAAUUGGAGGCAGCAUGCUUAGAAAAGCAGGUCCAGGAGCUUGAUGGGAGACACCGUGCAAGCCAAGGGGAGACCCGGGCAGCCCUGGGCCAACUGAACAAUCUACGGGACAAGUUUGUGGGUCUACUGCUGGGCCACACUGGAGAAGUCCUACAGACUGACAGAGAAAUACUGCUAAGUCUGGCUGACCUUUGCACCAGGGAGGGGAAUGCGAAAAUUACCAUAACGGAGCUUGAGAAGAGGCUGUCCGAUGCAUCAGAGUCAGUGGUCCUGGAGGCGGAGCUCUGCCGUGGGGCCCUGAAGAGGGCUGAGCUGGGCGAGCAGCAGGUUCAGGAGCUGAGGGAGAGCCUGCGGGGCUUGGAGGCAGAGCUUCUGGCAGCAGACGUCCACCGGGAUGGCCUGACUCACAGCAGGGAGCAUUAUGAGCAGUUCCUGGAACAGUUAUCGGAGAAGAUGAAGGUUGACAGCAUCGCUGCUGACCUGGGGUUCGACAUGAGGCUGCACCUGAUCCUGUCUCGGGCAGAGCAGCUGGUCAAACAGGAAGGGACAGCAUUGCUGGAGAGCAAGACCCUGACCCACGGUCUGCAGAGGAAGCUGAAGGCCCUGAAGGAACGUUUGCAGAGCAAGGAGCUCCACAUGGAGUUGCUGAGGAAGAAGCUGUAUGACCUGGAGCAGGAGAAGAACGGACGCUCGACCCUGGCGGUGCAGCGAGACGACGCCCAGCUGGAGGCCCGGAAGCUGCAGAAGAAGCUGGAGCGGCUGCGAGGGGAGCUGGGCUCUGCCAAGCUGUCCAAUACGGAGCUCAAGGCCCAGCUCUCCCACACCAAUGAGCUGAAGCUCCAAGUCCUGGAGCAGAGUCAGUCCCUGGGGGAGCAGAGUGGGAGGCUGGAGGAGCUGGAGAAGGGGAAGGCCGAGGUGGAGAGCUCUCUCACCAUGGUGAGGUCAGACCUCCAGAGCUGGGAGAUGACGGCCAGGGAGGACCAGCAGCACCUUGCCACUCUCCGACAGACCCUGGCCCAGCUCACCGAGAGGGAGAGAGAGUUGGCUGACUUUCGCAUGGUGGUCUCCAAGAUGGUGGGUCUGGACGUCACAUCUCUGACCCUCCCCGACUACGAGAUCAUCAAACACCUGGAGGGCUUAUUUAACACCCACCACCAACACCAUUCUCACCUCCACUACCCUCACUUCCACCUCCACCACCCCAGGCUGCCCUGGCCCUACCCUGCCCAGCAGCACCCUCACCAACCCUGGGUCCAGGGCAUUGCUGACAUCCCUGGGUCCAGGCCUGCCCUCUCUGCUGCAUCUCUGAGGCCAGCUGCUCCCCAGGCUCUCCCUCUGCAUGAAACCUAGUCCAGUAAACUGGAGCUAUGAGACUGCACUCUGGAUAGAAGUGCGAAUGAUUUAUCAAGCUUUCUACAUACCUGAAUUAACUUAGUAUUGAGUAUUAUAGUAUUAUAGUAUAACUUAGUAUUGUAUUAUAACAUCAUUAAUAUAUAAUUUAAUAUCAUAUGGGUUUGAUAAAUGUAGCUCCUUAAUAUGCUUCUGUUUCUUGUUUCAGUGUUUGAGAAGUUUUUCAAGGUCAACACCUAGCAAACUCUUUUCCAUGACUUAAA